UUAGAAUUUUAGAAUUUAAGAAUUAAGGAAUUUAAGAAUUUAAUAAUCUGGAAAAAAUCGACCGAACAAAAAAAAAAACAAAAAACUGAAAUACAGCCACCCUGCAACUCGUUAUGUAAUUCGAUUAUAAUUUUUAAAUUUUUUGACAGAAGUAGCGGUGUUCUUUUCUGUAGGCAGAUAGAUACCGCCAUUACUGUCAAACAGGUGAUUAUUAUGAUCGGAAAACACGAAAAUUAUUUGUAUUUUAAAAGCUUAUUUUAGAAACUUUGUCAGUGUUUAAAUUCUGUCGAAAAUAAAUCAUUGUUUUGGGCAUUGCAACAUCACAAUCAUCAAAGCGGCCAGACCAACUGCGUUAAGUUAAUCGCAACGAUGAUUCGUUGAAUUCCACCUCACGUCAAUGUUCCUCGAUAGAAUUUCAUAAAAAGAAGAGAAAACAAGCGAAUCUCAGAAACACAGGAUCUAUUUCAACUCACUAACGCUGGAUUUAAAGUGGCGCGUGGAUUUCUACAUAAUCCUGAAGGAAGUUUCCACCUAGAUCUCGCAAACAGAUCACUCCGCCACCCUCUUCACCAACACAGAUAACACGGUGCAAAUUGUUGUAAGGACAUUUGAAAGCCCCUCUAGCGCGUGUCAUGCACCGGAACAAGCCUCUUUUCUCUAGCUCAGAUAUCCUUCCCUCAAAUAACACUGCACGUAACUCCAGCGCGCGCGUGUGGCCGUGAUACGAUGCCCGCGGUGCCUUGCACGAUCUGUCCCAGCACGAACCGCCGAUCGGUGGGUACGGGAACCGGCUGGACUGUCUGGCACCGGCCGAGCAGCGCGCCGAACAGCUGUGCGAGGAGGAGCGCUACUACAGUCUGUACGCGAACGAAGUCGAGGAGGAGAUUUAUCAGGAGGAAGCCGCGAAGCGGCAAGCACUGAGUGGUGCGGAGAUUGCGUUCGAUUACGAUGCUCCUUCGGCGGAUGGAGCUACGAUGGUUGGUCCGGUGCCGGCGGAUUCCGCCGGCAUCGGUGAUGAUGACGAAAAUAGCCUCGAUCCUCCGUUUGAGGCUCCGAAAGGGUUUGAAAUUCCGACCGAUUUGGAGCUACCGGAAACGAUGAAGGAGCACGCGAUCAUCGAGAAGACGGCCAAGUUUAUAGCGUCCCAGGACUCGCAGAUGGAGAUUCUGCUGCGAGCAAAGCAGGCGGCGAACCCACAGUUUGGGUUUCUCAGCCCUGGUGGGAAGUUGUACCGAUACUAUCGCCACGUGUUGAUGGCCAUCAAAACCAACCGAUAUCCGGAAGAAGUGGAGGAGGUUCCCGAAAAAGAAGCGGAAGCCGCUCCAGCAGCUGAAGAAGUUGAAGUUUUACCUAAGCCCAAGGUAAUUGUCCCAUCCAUAAAGUACAAACCGUCGGUAGACUGUGCUUACACCCAGCUGAUUAGUAAAAUUACGGGUGCUCCGAUUCCGCCGGAAAAUCAAGUGACCGCGGCGGCACCGCUGACUCCGACGCAACUGACCUCGUUGAACACCGAGUACGAGUACUCGCUGGAGGAGAAACCAGUCGAGGUGAAGAAAGUGUCCACUGGCUUGGCCGGUCUCGUGCAGUAUAAUUCCGACAGUGACGACAGCUCGAGUGAGACCGACCAGAAGGAAGAGAAGAAGCCCGAGGUACCGAAGCCAGAGCAGCGGGAAAUCGUAUUUACUGGCAAGCUGCCACCAGAAAUCUUCCAACACGUGAUCGAAAAAACCGCAACUUACGUCGCCAAAAACGGCUACAGCUUCGAGGAUGCGCUGAGGACAAAGAACGACCCGCGCUUUCUCUUCCUGCGGAAAGACCACGAAUUCUAUCCGUACUUUGCAUUUCGAGUGCGCUACCUCAUCAACCCGUACGAGGACGUGCCGAAAAGCCCGGAAAAGGUAACCAUCACGAGGGAAAUCGCGAACGGCACCGUGGUGGAAACGCCGAGCAUCGGCAUCAAGACGGUCAACGUGGCUGCGCCAGUACCGGCGCCGGCUCAGCAGACGCAAAUCCAGUCGACGAAACCGGGCGGAGCGGUCUGUUUCUCGAUCAAGAGCAGCAAGGAGGACGCUCCGGUUGCGCUCAAGUCGAGCGUGAUCCAGGAACUGGGAGCCGACGAGGAGGAAGCGGAACCGGCGAAGGAGGAGAAAGAAAAGAGUAGAACACCGAGCCGGGAGAGGGACGUCGAGGAAAAGCCUGCGGAGAGGAAGGUCGUGGAAAAGCCUGCGGAGAAAAAGGUGGUGGAAAAGCCUGUCGAAAAGAAGGUCGCGGAAAAGCCUGCCGAGAAAAGGGUGGUAGAAGACAAAAGAUCGACAACUCCGCCGGCUGUCAUCGACAUGUUCUCGGAUGAAACCAGAAAAAGGUCACCAUCGCCAGUCGAGGAACCCAAGGUGUCAUCAGCAGAAGAUGAAAUCAAAGAGCAAAAACGGCAAGAGGAACGCAUUAAGGACAAGCUGACGGCAGCAGCUCGGGAAAAGCUCGCCGCCAUCACCAAGGAGAAACAACUCCAACUGGAACGAAAGAAAAGGGCCAGCAUGUUCCUCAGCAUGAUGGGCAACAAAGCAGAGCCCAAAGCCAGCAAAGACGAUCCAGAGCCGGUCGUCACCGCUCCAUCUCCUUCCUCCUCCUCCACCUCCCAAGAUACGCCCCCUCAAGCCCCAGGCAAAAACGGGUUAGACUUGCUAAAAGACUCCACCGCCGCCGGCAAAGACCAGGACAAACAAUCCGAAGCUUCGAUACACUCGAUCCCGUCGCAAAGCACGACCCCCGAGUCCCACCAGGUUCUCUCGAGCGAUGACGAUGACGUGGUGCUGGUCGGCGUUAGCACCCAAAAGGACAACGGCGCGACGAGGCGCUCCCGGUCCCGGACGCGCUCGGACAGCAAGCAUAAAAAGCGAAAGCACAAGCAUCACAAAAGCAAAAGCAAAAAGGCCAAGAAGAAAAAAUCUCGCAGUCGGAGCGUGAGCCGGAGUCGAUCGUCGAAGGCCGUCAAGCGGAAACGGGCCCGCAGCAGCUCGCGGUCGGAAAGCUCGCGACGAUCGCGGAGUAGGUCCAGGGACGGGAAAAAGAGAAAAAAAGACAAGAAGAAAAGCCACAAGCAUCACAAGAGUUCCAGAUCUUCGUCGCGGUCCAAGCAUCACCACAGUCGGAGGGAUGAGCAGCGGGAGGGGGAGGAUUUCGACUGGGAUGCGCUGUGAAGGGGUUUCUCUGCGUUUGUGAAUAUUGUGCAUAAUAGUUUUUUGGUCUAAAUAAAUUGAAUUCAUAACA